AUGGCAUUGGGUGGCAUCCCCGCAACACAGCCCCAUCAACUCUACGUGAAUCAAGACAUAGUCGAGGGUCACCGAUUUGGCCUCUCGACCACAACUAGUAACGAAAUCCGAGUGGCAGUGGAGAUCUCUGAUUUCAUCCCUUUGUUCAAAUUAAUCAAGGAUUUCAAACGCAAGUACCCGGUGCUGGCCAAGCUAGUACUGGUACUGAAACAGUUCCUGUUGCAGCGCGAUCUGAACGAGGUGUUCACCGGUGGUAUUUCGUCCUACUCGCUGAUUAUGACGUGUAUCAGCUUCCUGCAGCUGCACCCGUGGGCCAAUCUGCACCAGACCACCAAUCUGGGCGUGCUGUUGCUGGAAUUUCUUGAACUGUACGAUAGAAAGUUCAAUUAUAUGAAGACUGGAAUUAGUGUUAAAAAUGGCGGCCGUUAUAUACCCAAAGAGGAGCUACAGCGAGAAAUGAUAGACGGCCAUCGGCCAAGCUUGCUGUGCAUUGAGGACCCUUCGACUCCCGGCAACGAUAUUGGGCUAUCAUCUCACGGGGCACUCCAAGUGAAGCAAGCGUUUGAGUAUGCGUACAUCGUACUGAUGCAAACUGUAUCUCCGCUCAACAAAUUCCUCAACGACUGCAAUCGGCAAAGUAUCCUAGGGAGAAUAAUCCGAGUGACGGAUGAGGUAAUCGAUUACCGCAAAUGGAUCAAGGAAACGUUCGAAUCAAGACUGAUAGCGACGCAGAAAAUUGUGCCGACGAUAUUGAACGAUCCACUGAAUCCGCAUAUUCCGUUGCACCUUCAACCACAGCAACAGCAACAGCAGCAACAACCGCAUCAACAGAUUAUCUACACUCGACGGCGCAACUGUUUGUCCAGUGUAGAUACCUCGGAGGAGAGCAUGGACAGUGAUGCGGAUUCGAACUCCGUGUCGAGGGAUAUUUCACCGACCAGUAUAAACCGAUCGCCGGAGCUAGUGCGCGAGAUGCAGCAGCAUGCCAACGGCACCGGUGGGACAGUGGUUGUGCUCACCUCACAUAUUCCACAGCAUCCGCAUGAAGUGCUGAUAGAGGAGAAUAAUGUUAUAAACCUGGCAAUGGCCCAGCAGCAGACUCUGGAUGGCAUCAACGAAAAUCAGAUGAUUCCCUAUAAUAUAAACAACUGCCGCAGUACGUCUUCACCACAUCAGAUCGUCAGCGGGGGUAAGAAUGCGCCGAUGAACAUCUAUACUCCUAGCAGCAGUUCGGAGCGUGUCGUGGCCAGUGGAAGGAGCGGAGUGGAGGAGUAA